AUCAAGUUUAUAGACGCUGUGGACAGGAACUUCACCCUACCCUGGCAUCUGGCCAAGACUUGGAAAGGCAUGGAAGCUUUGAUCAAGCAAGCUUUUGUCAACAUUGAGCACAUCGGGCCUCAUGUCGCCAACGGCCAUUAUCAUCUGCUUGGACCGAACAACGAGAUCAUUCUACCGCAGGUCUGGGAGGUGGUGGUACAACCC